UUAAAUUUUAGAUUUUUAAUUUAUACUAAGAUCUAGUAUUUUUACAAAUAAGUAUUCACAAUGUGAGUGUUUAAGUGUUUACACAUAAUUUUUCAAAGUGAUAGCGUGAAUUUUUGUGCAAAACCUUGGAUUUUUCCUGCUUAAGCCAUGCCACACCUCCAAAGAUGAAGCUACACCUUCUCCCCCUAUUGGUGGUACUAGCCGUCCCUUACAGCAUCCCCACGGAGUCCUGUCCCGCGGGCUGCACCUGCGAUGCGGUGGCCUUCGGAAACAACCUCAAGAGCGUCGAGGCUUGGUGCUACCCCGAAGGAGCCACUCUCAAAGUGGAGCAGCGGCGGAAUUGGAUGGAAGUCAAGUGCAACGAUGGCGACAUAUCCUGUGCCACAUUGCCCCAAUUUUCGUACGGCAAAAACGCUUCGAUUGACCUGAAACUCACCUAUUGCUCGCUCGCCGCCCUCGAGUGCCUGCCGCGAAGGUUGCAAGCCAGCAGUGUACGACAGCUGCAGCUGUACGCCACGGCGGAGACAAACGUCACGAAGGAGAUGGUCAACGGGAUGGAUUUGGAAACGUUCUUUCUUUACGGUGACCAAGAGUCAAACCCGUUGACUUUCCCCCGCGAGGCACUUUCACAGUUCCCGAAGCUACAAAUGCUGACCAUCAACCAGGCCAACCUAACCAUCCACGAAGGCGACCUGGACGGCUUCUCUCAGCUCCGCAUGUUGGAGUUCACGUUGACUCAUGUCGGGAAACUGCCACGAGACUUGUUCAGGGGAUUGCGAAGUUUGGAGACAUUGCUGCUCUGGGGGAAUGACUUCGAGGAGUUACCGGAGGGUAUUUUGGACGGGCUGUCCAAGCUGCGCGUGCUAAGCCUGGAGAACAACCGCCUGCGGUCCCUCGAGUUCCUCUCCCUUGCUCCGGCUCUCCCGGCUCUUACGAACAUCACGGUCUACCAAAACCGACUUGAGAAUCUGCAUACACUGUCCCAGCACACCAACUUGACCAAGCUUGUUGUGAACUCGCAAGAUGGCGAUCGGCCCCUGCUGAUAUCCCCUGGGGCUCUUUCGCACCUGCCGCGUCUCGACAUCGCGUCGUUCGUCGGAUCGCGGAUCGCCGCGAUCCCUGCGGACAUGUUCCGCGGAUCGCACGCGAUCCGGGAACUCGAUUUCAGCAAUAACAUGAUCGAGAGUUUACCGAAGGGGCUGUUCCAGGAUCAGCACAACCUUCGCAGCCUUUGCCUGGACAACAACCGGCUGGUCGAGCUGCAGCCCGGCGUCUUCGACGGGCUCACUUCGCUGCAGACGCUCUCUCUAAACGACAACCGACUCGAGGAGCUGCCGGUCGGCGCGGUGUCGGCGCUGGGCGCGCUGCGGCGCCUGGCGGCCGCGCGCAACGCGCUGCGCGUCGUGGCGCCGGGCGCGCUGCCCGCGGCGCUCGCGCACCUGCAGCUGGCGCACAACCGGCUGCGCUUCGCCGCCGACCAGUGGGACUACCAGAACUUCGCGUCGUCCUUCCCGUUCAACUACCUCGUCAACCUCGAGACCCUCUCCCUCCACCACAACCGAGUGACACGCUUGUUCGACGACGCCGGCCCGGUGCUCACCAAGCUUCACACCCUCGACUUGUCGUACAACAACAUCACCGAAAUCAUGGGGAAUCAAGUGAACUUCUUGAGCAACAACAUCACGAUCGAUUUAAGACACAACCAGAUCUCGUUCCUGUGGUUGGAUGACGCGCCCUUGGAGCUGAACCCCGACCCCGAAGGCGACCGGGUCAUGUUGCUUGACGACAACCCUCUGGUCUGCGACUGUCAGCUGUACAACCUGGCCAAGCGACUUCGCGGCAAGCGCAGCGGCGCAACGGAGCCCGUCUUCGACGUCGGCCGCGCUCGGUGCGCCGACCCGAAGCCAGUCAAAGGAAAGCUGGUUAAAACCCUCCAGUUAAGCGACUUCACGUGCCAAAUACCGGAAAAGUACAAUUGCACAAGUGGUUGCAUUUGCCGUUAUCGGCCGCAUACUAAAGCUAUAGAGCUGAAUUGUCUCUCAGAACCGAAUGUGUAUCCUUCCAAUAUAGAUUUGAACGCAACUUUUGAUUUGCAACUGCGGGGCGCGCCCGCGUCUCUCGCGUUGAACAUGACGCAGGUGAAGACGCUGAACCUUUCUGGUCUCGGAAUGAAGACAAUACCGACUGGCGAUGUACCGAAGACUGUGGAGGAGCUGGAUCUGUCCAACAACAGUUUGAGCAGGAUACCUAUGGAAUUACUCGAGAGGAAUAUAACGUUGAGACUCGCAGGAAACCAAUUCAGCUGCGAUUGUUGGUACAAAAAUGAAAUAAGUUUAGCGCAGCGAUGGCAUCGCAAAGUGUUAGAUUUCGAAAGAGUGCUAUGUUCGGACGGCGUGCCGUUGAAGAAGCUGAACCCGGCUCAGUUGUGCAGCGCGUGGCUUGCGGCCGGUGUUGGAGGAACGCUGGCGUUGUUCGGACUGCUCGUCGCCGUGGUCGUUUCUCUGCUGUACAUCUACUCGCUCGAAGUCAGGGUUUGGCUGCACUCAAAAGGUUGCUGGACUGUCCCCGAAGAAGAAAUUGACAAGAACAAGAAGUACGAUGCUUUUGUUUCCUUCUGCCAUAAAGACGAACCGUUCGUCACAGAGCAUCUCUUGCCCGGUUUGGAGACGGGACCCGAUGCGUACAACAUCUGUGUUCACUACCGGGAUUGGAUUCCAGGAGAGUGGAUCCCGGCCCAAAUAGCGACGUCGGUUGACGCGUCGAGGAGAUCUAUUAUUGUUGUUUCCAAGAAUUUCUUGGAUUCUUUGUGGGGGAGACUGGAGUUCCGCGCGGCGAAUAUGCACGCUGUGCAGGAGAGGAAAACGCGUGUCAUUGUCGUUUUAUUAGAAGAUAUUUCCAGUCACAAAGAGCUGGAUCCAGAGUUGAAGGCGUAUUUAUCGACAAAUACGUAUCUCAAAUGGGGCGAUCCGUGGUUCUGGGACAGGUUACGAUACGCCAUGCCGCAUAAAGGCGCUCUUAAAGACAAGCGAUCGAGAGAAGCCGAAGCUAAAGCUCGGAAAACAGGAGAGAAACUGGUCAGGCAAUUAGCCGGUGCUAUUGACACGCAGCUUAGGCCCGACGGCAAAAUCAUCAACGCCGCCAAAGACAACGCCAAAGGGGACGUUGCCGAGCCCAAAGCGAACGGACUUAACAAAAUAUUAGCAGUCCCCAAAAUAGACGUAGUCGUGCCGAGAAGUAGUGAAGAGGCUCGAAGCCCCGUCGAGAUGGUCCUCCCGAAACGUCAGCAGUUCGACAUACCCAAACUUCCGGCAGAUAUUGUCUUACAGCUGGAUCGUGACGACUACGACCCGACUCCUACACAACACGACAACGGGCCAAGAAACCUUGAAGAUGUUAUACCGAGAGGGCGCAAAAUGGCGUCUUAACAUGGUAAAGGACAACAAAUUUUUGAAAUUGCUGGUAUCAGAAUGAUAUUCCUUAGUCGCAGGAACGUAAUGAGAAAUCCAGUGUCGGCUUACAGUUUCUUCGUUGGUACUGUAUCUAAUAAUAAGUCCUGGAUUGUUUGAAAAAUUGUUUUAAUAAUGUGAAAACUUAAAAUGAUAUGAACAUUAGUCGACAUUUGCGCCUGCUUACAUCAUGGAACUCCUUGAUAUUAAUUUGAAUCUC